AUGAGCCACUACUUUGGUUGGACCGGCCCAUCGUUGACCAUUGACACGGCAUGCUCAUCAUCCCUCGUCGCCAUCAACACGGCAUGCCGUGCGAUAUGGUCCGGAGAGUGUUCGCGCGCCAUUGCAGGUGGCACGAAUGUGAUAUGCAGUCCGUUCGACUACCUCAACCUGGGCGCAGCUGGCUUCCUGAGCCCUAGUGGACAAUGCAAGCCCUUUGACGCCGGCGCCGAUGGUUAUUGCCGAGGAGAAGGUGUCGCGGCGGUGGUACUCAAGCCACUCUCCGAUGCCAUCAAAGAGAAUGACAAUAUCUUGGGCGUCAUCGUUGGCUCCGCAGCGAAUCAGAACCACAACUUCAGUCACGUCACUGUACCUCAUUCGGGCUCGCAGGUCAACCUGUACCAGAAGGUCAUGAAGCUUGGUAAUAUAGAGCCUGGAGCAGUGACCUAUGUUGAAGCCCACGGUACUGGGACUGGCGUUGGCGAUCCCGUCGAGGUGCGCAGCAUUCGCGAGGCAUUCGGCGGCCCGGGCAGAGAGUCGAUUCUCCACUUUGGCUCCAUCAAGGGUAAUAUCGGGCAUACGGAAGCAACUGCAGGUAUCGCUGGCCUUGUUAAGGUCUUGAUGAUGAUGCAGCACGGAAAAAUACCGGCCCAAGCCAGCCACAUAUCGUGGAACCCGAAAAUCCCGGCAGUGGAAUGUGACAAGAUGGCGCUUCCUCGUAGCGUGCUGCAGUGGGAUUCACCAGGUUAUCGGACGGCACUUGUAAAUAGCUACGGUGCUGCUGGCAGCAACUCCGCUGUUAUGCUGCGUGAGAAGCCCAAAAGAUCGGUCAAGGGUACUCCCACGAAGCUGUCGAAGUACCCGUUGUUCAUAUCAGCGGGCUCCACGACCAGCCUAUCCGCUUACUCGAAGAAACUCCUCGGUUGGCUGAAGCAGAGGAAAUCGCAGGGAAUCGAAACCUCAAUCACGGACUUCACGUUCAACCUGGCUGAUAGGGCCAAUCAUAGCUUGGCUCAUCUCGUCGCCACAAGCGUAACGGACCUGACCGACCUUGAGACGAAGUUGGAGGCAACAGCUUCGGGAGCUGCCAUUCUAGCCACACCGAACCCGGCACCUGUUGUCUUGGUCUUCGGAGGUCAAGAGAGCGACUUCAUAGGGCUCUCAGAGGACGUCUACCGUUCCUCAUCUUUGUUCCGCCAGCAUCUCGAUGACUGCAACGAGAUUGCUCUGUCGCUCGGACUGGACAGCUUUUACCCCGCAAUCUUUCAACAGAGUCCCGUUGCCAAUCUCAUAACGCUGCAUACCGCUCUUUUUGCUGUCCAAUAUGCAGCAGCCAAAACAUGGAUGGGCAGUGGCCUCAAGAUCGACGCUGUCAUUGGGCACAGCUUUGGACAGCUCACUGCGUUUUGCAUUUCUGGUGCUCUGUCUUUGUUCGACGCGAUGAAGCUGGUCUCCGGGAGGGCAUCCAUCAUGCUUACGCAUUGGGGACCAGAGCCUGGUUCCAUGGUCUUCUUGCAGGCUGAUAGGCAAACCACUUCUGUUCUUCUAGCCGCGCUCAAGGCACAAGAACCAGAAGAGUAUGCUGAGAUUGCUUGCUACAAUGGCCCAAAGAGCCAUGUUGUAGUCGGCUCGUCCAAAGCGAUCGAUGCUCUGGAGAGAUUGGCAUCCUCACAUACGGAGACUGUGCGCACCAAAAAGCUCAAGGUCACGCAUGGAUUCCAUUCCAAGUUCACCGACAACCUACUCGGCCAUCUCAGGGACUUGGCCAAAGAGCUAACUUGGAAGCGUCCGACUAUCCAUCUCGAGACCUGCGAUGAGCUUUGGAGUGUCGUUGACCCAGACUCUGAUAUCGUUGCAAAGCAUACAAGGCGACCUGUGUACUUCCAGCGCGCAGUGGAGAGGCUCACUCAAAAGUUCCCCCAAGCUACGUGGCUUGAGGCCGGCCGCGGUUCGUCUGUUAUACAACUUGUUCGGGGUUCUGUUCCAGAUGGCAGUGGCCACAACUUCCUUUCGCCGCAACUCACGACCACCAAUGCGCAAGGCUCGCUUAUAGACGUGACCAUCGACUUGUGGAAAGCGGGUUUUGCGACACAAUUCUGGCCGUUCCACAGGAAUCAAAAACCCGAUUACGAGUAUCUCAGUCUGCCACCAUACCAAUUUGAAAAGACCCGCCACUGGCUUGGAUUCCUGGGCAGGUCUGGGGAGCCUGAGAAGCCUUCCGAACCCGUAGAGCAACUACCAGAGACUCACGAAUUGUUGAAUUUCCUCACGUUCAAGGAUAGCAGCAACAAGGAGGCGGUAUUCCGCCUGGAUCCGCACGCAGAUCGCUUCAAGUCCAUGCUGAACGGGCAUGUUAUGGCUGGCCAGACACUUGCGCCAGCAUCGCUGUACUUUGAGGUGGUUGCUCGUGCAGCGCUAUAUCUUCAAUCGGACAAGGAAGCCAUCACAUAUGUUCCCACUGUCCAUGAUUUACUAAUGAAAUCUCCGAUCGGUCAAGACACGUCAAAGGAGAUCAUCCUCACUCUUAAGCGUACGACCGAGGCAAGGCCAUCCUGGUCCUUCUCAAUCAUGACACAGGAGCAAUCGGCUGGCGGCACACCCAUUGGGACACCAUUCGAAGUCUCCAACGGAACAGUGCACUUGACGAGGCGCGAUGAUCCGCUCGCAGCUCAACGAUUCCGUCGUUUCGAGACACUGACCGGACACAAGCGAUAUGAGGAGAUUGUCAAUCAUCCAGAUGCGGAGAAGAUGCAGGGCAAUCACAUCUACCGCGCAUUCAAUCACAUCGUACACUAUGCUGAGAAUUUCCGCGGCAUCAAACAAGUGGCGUGCGUGCGCAUGGAGGCGGCAGGUAAAGUGUGCAUGUACCCAGAUCCAAACGAUCCGGCAGACCAGCGCUUGGUUGACACGCCCAUGACCGACAGUUUCAUGCAGUUCGCCGGCUUCCUGGUGAAUUACUUCAACAAUCCUAGCCUUGAAGAAGUCCUUGUCUGCAUGAAGAUUGAGCACAUUGAAAUCGGCGGCGACUUCUCACCAGACGCAAAAGAGUGGAUUGUGUAUUCCAACAUGAGCGAAGGAGGCGAAACCGAUGCCUCUUCGGACGCCUACGUCUUCGAAGCAGAGAGCAAGAAAAUGGUGAUGGCAGCCUUUGGCUUCCGCUUUUCCAAGAUGUCGCAAGCGCUACUGGCCAGAAUGUUGAAGAGUGUCAACCGAACCGGAGCUGCAGAGAAGCUCGAAAAGGCCCAGGCACACGCGAAAAACAAGCCGGUUAUUGAUAUGCCCGACGUCGUUACUAGGGUGGUCUCUAAAUCAUCAAGCAAACGAAUGGAGCUUCUUCAAGUCCUAUCGAAUGUGACGGAUGUCCCGGUCGACGAGCUCACUAACGAGUCAAUCCUCGACGAGCUUGGGAUCGAUUCUUUGAUGGCCACAGAAGUGCUCAACGAUAUCCGUUCCGUUCUCGGUCUGACGAUCGACCUGACAAGCUUCUUGUUUUUCGCCAACGUUGGCGCUCUAGUGGCUCAUGUGGAUGAACAGUUUGGCGUCGGAGGUGACGACAACACGGGGACAGCUAUCAGCAUAAAGAAACUGGCUAUCAGCUCCAAUGCUUCAGACUCCGGUAUUGAAGCUGAUCUCCCGACUCCACCCGAGCGACCAGAGCCAUCGUAUCCUGUCGUUGCGGAGGAGCCUCAGAAGCCGGCGGAGAUCCCGACCAUCACCUCCGCGUAUGACGCUUUUCAAGGCACAAGAUUCGGCUAUGACAGUCGUGCAGCUGAGACUAAAGCUCUGAAUUUCUGGUCUACGAUAACAGCCCUUCCCCGGCAUAAGCAGCUCGUGGACCAGUUCUACCGUGCCUUGGAAGAUGGGGAGCUCAUCAGUAGAUCCCGUAGCGGCUUCGUUCGAACUUCGGCGCACGUUGAUCCCACUCCAGCUGAGGAGAUUUACCAGAGCAUCAUCGAUGUCUAUCCGGAGCAGGCCACAGUUCACAAGCUGGUUCGCGCGGUCGGGUCAAAAAUGGCGGACUGCCUAACCGGCGCUCAAGAUGGACUGCAAAUUGUUUUCGGCGACAAGGAAACGAAGCGCACGUUGGAAGAGAUGUACGAAUUCUUACCUCUCUUGCGAACGCCAACUCUGCUCCUCGGCGACUUCGUAGUGAAAGCGUUUAGUAAUUCGACUGGCGGUGGGCCCUUCCGCAUCCUGGAAAUAGGUGCAGGGACUGGAGGAACGACCCGAUACAUUGUGAACCACCUAAGGCAACACAACAUCCCCUUCGAAUACACCUUCACCGACAUCUCGUCGUCCCUAGUCGCUGCGGCACGUCGACAGUUCAAGGGUAUCGAUGGUAUGUCGUUCGAACUGCUGGAUAUCGAGAAGCCACCAAAGCUGGAAUACGAAAAUGCCUUCCAUCUCAUUCUCGCGACAAACUGUAUUCACGCAACACGUAAUCUCAAUACGUCCCUUUCGCACCUGCGAAAAAUGUUGCGCCCCGACGGCGCCUUGACACUCGUCGAGAUCACGCAGAACAUGUUCUGGCUUGACAUUGUUGUCGGUCUCUUUGAAGGAUGGUGGCUUUUCGAGGAUGGCCGCACCCAUGCGCUGGUGAACGAGAAGCACUGGGAGAGAGUGAUGAAAGCUGCUGGGUUUAAGGAAGUUCUCUGGACGGAUGGCGCAGCGCCAGAGGCCAAGACUGUACGUGUCAUCGGAGCGUUUCCUUCGACACCUGAGACAUCUCUUCCCGUCGUAGCGAAAACUGCUGGAGUGAAGAGUGUAAAGGCAGCCCUUGAGACAGUCGUGUACAAGAGAAUUGGAGACUUGGAGAUCCAUGCGGAUAUCUACUAUCCGGUUGAUCAAGAGCUACCACCCGGAAAGAGACCCGUGGCGUUGAUGAUCCAUGGUGGCUCCCAUGUUAUUUUCUCCAGAAAGGAUAUCAGGCCCGCUCAAACCAGGCUCCUACUCGAGAAGGGUUUCAUUCCCGUAUCGCUGGAUCACAGACUCUGUCCGGAGGUUAGCUUGUCAGAGGGGCCAAUGGUGGACGUAUGCGACGCUUUAGCAUGGGCUCGCAACACGCUUCCCUCUCUGCCCCUUCAGCGACCCGGCCUUGAGAUCGAUGGCGACCGUGUUGUUGUGGUAGGAUGGUCCAGUGGAGGGCAACUGGCAAUGUCGCUGGCCUGGACGGCUCCUCAGCGCGGUAUUCGUCCUCCCGAAGCAAUUCUUGCCUUCUAUUGCCCCACAAACUACGAAGAUGAGUGGUGGACGCACCCGAUCCAGCCCGUCGGCGCCGAAGAUAAGGGAGACGAGUACGACGUCCUAGACGCCAUACAGAACGGCCCGAUAACCAACUACGGCGUCGUCGGCGCAUGGGCACCGCUCUCAGACUCGCGCAUCAGCACCGAUCCACGCUGCCGUAUCGUCCUCCACAUAAACUGGAAAGCCCAGACUUUGCCAAUCAUUGCCGGUGGGCUCCCCUCCAAGAAGGAAGCUGUCCCAGGUGUUAAUUACAAUGCUCUUCCACAACCGUCAAAGGAGCAGAUUCAGCGCAUUAGUCCCCGUGCCCAGAUCGGACGUGGAAAUUACAAGACCCCAACAUUCAUCAUCCACGGCACAUGCGAUGAGCUUAUCCCGUGGCAGCAGUCGCAGGGUACGUAUGAAGCGCUCGUGGAGCAAGGUGUGGAUGCAGAAUUGGUUCUUGUGGAGGGCGCGCCGCAUAUAACGGACCUCAGCAGCGACCCGGAUAGCGAGGGCUGGAAAGCGGUGCUGAGAGGAUACGACUUUAUCGAAGGUUACGUUCUGUAA